AUGAAAAUUGAUUCAAUAAUUAACAAAUUUAUCUUGAUUUUAGUCACAGAUAAUAAAUCACACUUAAAAUAUAUUAAAAACAGUUUUUUAUUUGAAAGAAUUACUUUUUAUUUUAAAAAUAUAGAAUUUAAAUAUCUUAGAGAUUCGAAUAAUACUACCAUAAAAAAUUAUUCCACAAAUUCAUGUAUAAAUAAAAGAGAAACAGCUAACAAGAAGAGCAGAAUUAUUCCCAUUUUCUUAAAACUUUUUACUAUGUUAUUUCUUGGACUUUUAUGUUUUCUUUUGGGAUGUUUAUUCAAAGAGGAAAAUAUGAAAAUUUAUGUAUCAAAAUUUGAUAAAGAUCAUCUAAGGAUUCUAGCAGAGAAAGAAUCAGAAUAUAUAAAUAAAUAUGAAUACUUGGAUAAAACACAUGAAAAUUUUAAAGAAGAAUUUAAAAGAAUAAUAACCUCAUUAGUAGAUUAUAUUUUAAUAUAUUGGGAAAAUAUGUGUUAUCAUAAUAGUUCAAGACUUUCUCUAUUUGGAAGAAUAUGGGAACAAGAAAAAUACGAGUAUUUGUUUAAUAAAAUAAUUAAAGACAUAAAAGAUAUUAGUGGUAAAUUUUCCGGAGAGUAUAAGAUAUUUAAAAAAAAAGAUCAUACUGAUAAAGAAUGCUCUGCUUUUUUCAAGAAGAAAAAAAAGGAUUUAACAAAAUUUGAAGAAAAACAACAUAGAUGGAUUAUAGCAUAUAGUGACAAAUGUAAAAAAGAGUGGAAAUACAUAGAAAGAAACCUCAUGCAACCCUAA